UAAAAACAAAAUGUUAUAGAAAUAGCUUCCUUGGUAUUGAUUUUAACUGAAUAUAAUCAUAUUUCAUUUUUGUUUUAUUUUGUGUUGUUUCGUUCUUUACAACACCGUACGCCAUUUUAUUACAACUAAUAUGCAAUGUUCGUUUAAUACCCUUGCACGAAGACAGAAAACUACACUUCCGAGUUAAAGUGUGACGAGACGUUUGGCACGUAUUGUACUCGCUAUCGGCGACCUUGAAGAUGACGUAAUGCUAUGUUUUACUGGUCACAACACGAGACCAGGACCUCACAACACGAGACAAAGACCUGUGCAAUAAGGAAGUUGAAAUUUUAUUUUUUGUACAGAAUGUGUUAGUAUCUAACUUUGGCGUCAGACGUACGUUGGUAGUUCACGUGCAUGCGUCCUGGAUUAAGUAAAAAGUUGAUUAAUGGAUAUAUACAUAUAUAACGAUUUGGUCGAUCAGUACACUAUGCUCAGCAUGGAUUUCCGUCCUGAUUUAGGAAACGCUAAACUAUAAGUGGAUAUACAGCCUGUUUCAAGGAAACACUUAACGAUACGUAUUGCGUGGAUAUACAGCCUGUUUCAAGGAAACACUUAACGAUACGUAUUGCGUGAAUAUACAGCCUGUUUCAAGGAAACACUUAACGAUACGUAUUGUGUGGAUAUACAGCCUGUUUCAAGGAAACACUUAACGAUACGUAUUGUGUGGAUAUACAGCCUGUUUCAAGGAAACACUUAACGAUACGUAUUGUGUGGAUAUACAGCCUGUUUCAAGGAAAUACUUAACGAUACGUAUUGUGUGGAUAUACAGCCUGUUUCAAGGAAACACUUAACGAUACGUAUUGCGUGAAUAUACAGCCUGUUUCAAGGAAACACUUAACGAUACGUAUUGUGUGGAUAUACAGCCUGUUUCAAGGAAACACUUAACGAUACGUAUUGCGUGGAUAUACAGCCUGUUUCAAGGAAACACUUAACGAUACGUAUUGCGUGGAUAUACAGCCUGUUUCAAGGAAACACUUAACGAUACGUAUUGCGUGGAUAUACAGCCUGUUUCAAGGAAACACUUAACGAUACGUAUUGCGUGGAUAUACAGCCUGUUUCAAGGAAACACUUAACGAUACGUAUUGUGUGGAUAUACAGCCUGUUUCAAGGAAAUACUUAACGAUACGUAUUGUGUGGAUAUACAGCCUGUUUCAAGGAAACACUUAACGAUACGUAUUGUGUGGAUAUACAGCCUGUUUCAAGGAAACACUUAACGAUACGUAUUGUGUGGAUAUACAGCCUGUUUCAAGGAAACACUUAACGAUACGUAUUGUGUGGAUAUACAGCCUGUUUCAAGGAAACACUUAACGAUACGUAUUGUGUGGAUAUACAGCCUGUUUCAAGGAAACACUUAACGAUACGUAUUGUGUGGAUAUACAGCCUGUUUCAAGGAAACACUUAACGAUACGUAUUGUGUGGAUAUACAGCCUGUUUCAAGGAAACACUUAACGAUACGUAUUGUGUGGAUAUACAGCCUGUUUCAAGGAAACACUUAACGAUACGUAUUGUGUGGAUAUACAGCCUGUUUCAAGGAAACACUUAACGAUACGUAUUGUGUGGAUAUACAGCCUGUUUCAAGGAAACACUUAACGAUACGUAUUGUGUGGAUAUACAGCCUGUUUCAAGGAAACACUUAACGAUACGUAUUGUGUGGAUAUACAGCCUGUUUCAAGGAAACACUUAACGAUACGUAUUGUGUGGAUAUACAGCCUGUUUCAAGGAAACACUUAACGAUACGUAUUGUGUGGAUAUACAGCCUGUUUCAAGGAAACACUUAACGAUACGUAUUGUGUGGAUAUACAGCCUGUUUCAAGGAAACACUUAACGAUACGUAUUGUGUGGAUAUACAGCCUGUUUCAAGGAAACACUUAACGAUACGUAUUGUGUGGAUAUACAGCCUGUUUCAAGGAAACACUUAACGAUACGUAUUGUGUGGAUAUACAGCCUGUUUCAAGGAAACACUUAACGAUACGUAUUGCGUGGAUAUACAGCCUGUUUCAAGGAAACACUUAACGAUACGUAUUGCGUGGAUAUACAGCCUGUUUCAAGGAAACACUUAACGAUACGUAUUGCGUGGAUAUACAGCCUGUUUCAAGGAAACACUUAACGAUACGUAUUGCGUGGAUAUACAGCCUGUUUCAAGGAAACACUUAACGAUACGUAUUGCGUGGAUAUACAGCCUGUUUCAAGGAAACACUUAACGAUACGUAUUGCGUGGAUAUACAGCCUGUUUCAAGGAAACACUUAACGAUACGUAUUGCGUGGAUAUACAGCCUGUUUCAAGGAAACACUUAACGAUACGUAUUGCGUGGAUAUACAGCCUGUUUCAAGGAAACACUUAACGAUACGUAUUGUGUGGAUAUACAGCCUGUUUCAAGGAAACACUUAACGAUACGUAUUGUGUGGAUAUACAGCCUGUUUCAAGGAAACACUUAACGAUACGUAUUGUGUGGAUAUACAGCCUGUUUCUAGGAAACACUUAACGAUACGUAUUGCGUGGAUAUACAGCCUGUUUUAAGGAAACACUUAACGAUACGUAUUGCGUGGAUAUACAGCCUGUUUCAAGGAAACACUUAACGAUACGUAUUGUGUGGAUAUACAGCCUGUUUCAAGGAAACACUUAACGAUACGUAUUGCGUGGAUAUACAGCCUGUUUCAAGGAAACACUUAACGAUACGUAUUGCGUGGAUAUACAGCCUGUUUCAAGGAAACACUUAACGAUACGUAUUGCGUGGAUAUACAGCCUGUUUCAAGGAAACACUUAACGAUACGUAUUGCGUGGAUAUACAGCCUGUUUCAAGGAAACACUUAACGAUACGUAUUGCGUGGAUAUACAGCCUGUUUCAAGGAAACACUUAACGAUACGUAUUGCGUGGAUAUACAGCCUGUUUCAAGGAAACACUUAACGAUACGUAUUGCGUGGAUAUACAGCCUGUUUCAAGGAAACACUUAACGAUACGUAUUGUGUGGAUAUACAGCCUGUUUCUAGGAAACACUUAACGAUACGUAUUGCGUGGAUAUACAGCCUGUUUCUAGGAAACACUUAACGAUACGUAUUGCGUGGAUAUACAGCCUGUUUCUAGGAAACACUUAACGAUACGUAUUGCGUGGAUAUACAGCCUGUUUCAAGGAAACACUUAACGAUACGUAUUGUGUGGAUAUACAGCCUGUUUCAAGGAAACACUUAACGAUACGUAUUGUGUGAAUAUACAGCCUGUUUUAAGAAAACACUUAACGAUACGUAUUGUGUGAAUAUACAGCCUGUUUCAAGGAAACACUUAACGAUACGUAUUGUGCGGAUGUACAGACUGUUUCUAGGAAACACUAAACCAUAAGUAUUGUGUGGAUAUACAGCCUGUUUCUAAGAAAUACUUAACCAUAUAUAUUGUGCGGAGAUGCAUCCUGUUUCUAGGAAAUAUUAAACCAUGUGUAUUUUGCCGAUAUAGUCUCUUUCUGGGAAAUACUUAACCAUAUGUAUGGUGCGGAUAUACAGCCGGUUUCUAGGAAAUACUUAACCAUGUGUAUGGCGCGGAUAUACAGCCGGUUUCUAGGAAAUACUUAACCAUAUGUAUUCUCUGGAUACACAGCCUAUUUCUACGUUUUGUGUGGGUGUGGAGUCUCUUUAGAGAAAAUACUAAACCAAACAUAUUGUGUGCAUAUACAACCCGUUGCGGGUAAACACUAAACUACGUGUCAUGUGCAUAUACAACCGGUGACGGGUAAACAGUAAACUAUAUGUGUCAUGUGCAUAUACAACCCGUUACGGGUAAACACUAAACCAAACCUCCCAUGUGGAUAUGCAGCCUGUUCACGCUAAUAUAUACUUAAUGUUCGGAUAUAGUGCCUGUUUCUAAGGACCAUUAAACUAAAACUUCAGCAUAUUCAGAAUGGACUUUUUAAUAUGUUAUGUCGAGAAACCAUAUUGGUAUUUUUUGGGAGUUGUGCACUCCAGACAAUGGUGAAAACGCCAUUCGAUCUAUACGUCUCUGGCCAUUCGUAGAGAUGUCUUCACCAGCAAGCAACACAAAUCGGUCAUUCUAAAUACGUCAGUAAAGCCGGCUCAAAACAAAGUGCAGACUGUGAUUCAGUAUGCAGCUGUGUCUGUAAUGCAUAAGGUAACAAAACAAAUUGAUCAAACUAAAGAGACUUUAUUGUUAUCACGAAAUCGAUUACCAGCUUCCUUCUUGACUUCCCAACCCCUCCAAUGUCUUUCAACGACUCUUGGUAUUAUUACUUGUAUGGUGCAGAUGGGCUAGAAGCCGAGGCCAAUAAAUUCAAGACGAUCGGCUACUGGAUGAUUUCGGUGUGUCUCCUCAUAAUGCUGUUCAUUUGUCUGGGCAACCUCAUGACGAUCGUGGCAGUGUGGCUGACGCCUGCUCUCAGGACGAUACCCAACAUGUACGUCGUGUCGCUGGCGGUGGCCGACUUCCUGACAGGCGCGAUAAUCCCCUACUUCGUGUUGAUCUGGUCACCCUCGUUCAGGGAAGCGCUGCACGAGAACGAGCAACUGUGCCUGUUCCGCAUGGUGCUGUAUCUGGCGUUCGUGGUGAACUCCAUACUGUGCAUCGUGGCGAUCGCCUUCGACAGGUUCCUCUUCAUCCGCUUCCCGCUGCAUUACGAAAUGAUCUCCAGCAAGGAGAAGGCGAUGGUCAUCAUCCCCGUGAUGUGGCUGUCGUCCGCGGCGUUUGGAUCUGUCCCGCUGUUCUACAACUCGUUCGAGGAGGAGGGCUGCAGCUACCUGGUCGUUCCGUUGAACUACUACCUGUUUGCGUUGUUCCCUCUGUUUCUCAUCUGCUCCGUCCUGACGGCCGGAUUCUACGGCUACAUCGUGAUCACCGCCAGCUGGCAUAGCAGGCGGCGGCGCUCGACGACCACGCGCUGGUACCACAGCACGGAGUGGAAGUCUGUCAAGAUGUUUGUCGUGGUGUUCGGAGUCUUCUUCGCCUGCUGGAUACCGUGCUUCAUCAUCGUCAUCAUCAUCUAUCUCGAUAGCAAAGGUGAACUGGAGAUCGACUACUGGACGUCGAACAAUUUCCAGUUCUCGGUAAUUCCCGGAUUCCUAAAUUCGGGCAUGAAUUUUCUGAUAUAUGCUUAUCAGAAUCUACAGUUUAGACACGCGUUCGCCAAGUUGCUGAGAAUACGCAGACGGCAAACGGAAUUGAUGCCCUUCAUGGCUCCUAAUAGACGACCGCGGCGGUCUGUAGUCACCGAUUUUAACAUACCGGAAGGAACUAACCGUGGUAGAUCGCAAGGCGAAGAGACUAUUAACGACAUUACUGUGAUAGACGAAGACAAAAACGGUACUACAUUGACAGAAGAAAGUAGACGUAGUACAGGGUUGACAGAAGAAAGUAGACGUGGUUCAGGGUUGACAGAAGAAAGUAGACGUGGUUCGGGGUUGACAGAAGAAAGUAGAAGUGGUACAGGGUUGACAGAACAAGAGAAAAACGGUACCAGAUCGACAACAAGAAGGGAAUAACAGUAUUAGAACUUGACGUUGUCCACAUUAAAAAAAAAAUAAUAAUAAUAAAAAAUAAUAAUAACAAUAAUAAUAAUAAUAAUAAUAAUUUAAAAAAAAUUAAAAAACAAAUAAAUAAAAUAUUUGAUCGCU